AUGAAAUUCCUCUCUUCCUCGGGCAACAUGCUCUUCAGAUACACUUCCGAGUCCGUGAUACCCCCAGUUGCCCAACGCUACCUGGGUUCUCCAGUCCAUCCGAUUCGGCCAAAGAUUGCAUACAUGCAUGAGCAUCGUGAUCCAAAUGCCCUUUGGUGGCGGGUGUCAGUAUCACAUCUGAACCAGUUUAAACGGACUGUUCGAUCCUGGUGUGCUCGGAGGGCGCGCAUCGCUUUCCAGGAAGCACUCAAGCGACAAGGGUUUGAUAGAUUAGGGCAUCACCUUGAUUUGUCUUCUUCAAUACAGAAGCAAGCUCUCUUAGGAUCUUUGGAUAUCACUAUCCGCCCUUCGUGUGUGCACCAAAGCUUCGAGGCUGUGCAGAAAGAUGCCGACUUUCUCUUGCAAAGCCUCUUGAAACAGCGAGAGCGGCGCGGUGAGCGUGCCACCCACAAGACCAAGUCUUCUUGA